UUGAACUGCCAUACCCCCAAUCAAUUAACCACAACGCAGAUUUGUUAUUUCAUCGAGCUGGAAAUCGACUCGUUCGCCGGGAGCGGGGCGGAAACCUCGUCGGCGGCGAGGGACGACGAAGACGAGCUGAUUCUGGAAGCAAUCGCCAGGCUUCCGUCGGAGAAGCGGGACAGGUACGCGGUGCUGAGGAGGACCGAGACCAUCGAUUUGCAUAAAUUGAAAAAGACGGACAGAGAGCUUCUGGUGAAGAAGGCUCUGGCGACCAAUUCGCAGGACAAUUUCAAGCUGCUUUCGGCGAUCAAGAGCCGGCUGGAUCGGGUCGGGAUCGAGGUGACGACGGUGGAGGUGAAAAGGUGGAGCGGCCGAUGGAUGCGGAGGGAAAGGUUUGAAUGGGUUUGUGGACCACCUCACGGAUUGGAUCCGGUCCGGGAAGAUGAUUGA